GAGACAAGGCUUGAGUCUGCCAAGCAAUUUGACCGGAUGAAUAAACCGGUUUCUCCAAAAUGUCCGUUUUGCCCCCGCGACUUCUUCGAGAUGCAUAAAGAUAGAUAUCUCUAUCUCCCAAGUCCCAAUGAGUUCACGUUUGCUAGUGUAUCGUCACAUGUAGAGAAUGCCAUGAGGCUUUCAAGCUGA